AUAAGCAUGAGUGUCGUUCAGCGUGGCAUGGAGAACUAUAAAAAUGUGAUGGCAUCGCCGUCUAAGCCGGCCUGGAAGUCCCUUUGUCAACCAGACAGCACCGAAUCUGGUAUUGUUGAGGACGACAGCGAUUUGGAAGAAGUGGAGGAGAGUUUCGAGCGAUAUGAUCCAAAGGUAAUUCUUCCAUCUUCAUUGCCCGAAGUCGAAAGUAUCACCAACAUGAAGUUCGAUCCUACUGCACAGAUCAAUGGUCCUUCAGACUUAUACCAGCAUCCGGAUGGCAAUGUCAAGACGAGAGUUCGCCCUCAUUUCCGCCAUUUGUUUGAACAUUCGGCAUCGUCGAGUUUCUUUGCCUAUAUUCCUGUCUACUACUGGGUUGAAGUUCUGCACCAGACGAACAAGGCGAUGCGUGCGCAUGAGUUGGAGAAGAAGCUCAGCACCAACAAACCGUUCACCCUACAAGAAUUGAUGACUUUCCUUGGAAUUCUUUUCUUUAUGAAACUGGUGGUCAAGGGCGAACACGCCAAUUAUUGGGGAAGGCAAAUAGAAGAUUGCAUCGUGGGGGGCAACCACACAGGUCUGGAUAAGGUGAUGGCACUGAGCCGCUUCAAGCUGUUGCGCCAGCAUUUCUGUUUCAGGCACGUGCCAAAAGCUGCUCGUGCAGCGAUGGACCCUGUCAGGAGAAUUCGCCCGCUUCUUAAUAUGCUGAAAAUCACAGAAGGGAAGUACGUAGAGGUCGGAAGAGAUGUCUCGCUGGAUGAGGCGAGCGUCGCCUCCAAAACCAAGUACGGGCGGAGAUUGAUAAUGUUCAACCCCAUGAAGCCUGGUGGUAAAUACCACUUUCGAGUUUACACCCUUUGUUGUGCCACUACGUGGAUAGCCAUCAACUUUCGAGUGCACUGUGCGAGCGACUUAUCCGAUCGGCUGCAAGGCGUUGUAUCUAAGGAGACAAUCGAAGCACUAAGACAAGAACUGGACGAGUUAUCAACUGUCCGAAGCCAGGUUAUGGAAGUGGUGAGGCCACUUUAUCAUACCAAUCGCGUGAUAAAUGCCGACAACUACUACAUGUCCGUGCAACUUUUGGCUGCUCUGCGAGUGAAGGGCCUUUAUGGCAGAGGGACUAUACGCGGGAAUAGCCUGCAUUUUCCGCAUCAUGUCGUUUUGAAGAAGAAGGAGUGUCGUCGCGGGCAGUAUCGCCAAGCUCUUUCAGUGGCGCAUGAGAUGGUUGCUGUGGCGUGGUAUGAUAGUGCGGUGGUGAAGAUGGUGUCGAACGCAGACAAGUCUUCGGAAACGGUCUUAACAAGGAGAGUCGGCAGUCAACUGCAGCCAUUCCCUGCUCCACUGCGUGUGUCAGAGUACAACACCAAUAUGCAAGGUGUUGAUAGGCUGGACCAACUACGUGAACGGUUCUCUUUGGCCGACGGUCACACUUUCAAGAAAUGGUAUAAGAAGCUGGGGAUGGCUUUUGUGGAUAUUGCCAGAGUCAAUGCCUACAUGACCAGAAAGUUGACUAUUGACGUGACGAGAGAUCGUGAUCCGCACCGUUCAUUUGUUGCAGAGCUCGCGGAGGAGCAAAUUUCAGGGAAAUGGAUGGAGGCACCUAGUGACAGAAGAAUGUUCUACUCCGCCCGAGGAGAGUCUGGGGUUGCGGCCGCAGUGGAGGCUUCUGCUAUGUGGCAUUGUGGGGGCGUGGAACCUUCAACCAUGUCCAGCCCUCAAAAAUCGUGCGUUGCUCUCAACUCGAAGCAGAUUUUUGGAGACAAGAUGCGGAGAAGGCAUUGUGUGGUAUGUCGAUGGGAAGAUCGGUUUCCAACAGUUGUCACCGACCACUGUACGCUCCACGGCGUGAGCCUCUGUCAAAUUGUCCAUACAACUGCUGCGAAGCCAUACUUCUGCCAACAGCCCACUUGGACUUGUUGGGAG